AUGUCUUCCACACCAGAUCGAGAACCCUCUACAGAUGAGUCUCUCUUCGGGUCACCACCACCAUCUCCCUCACCACCAUCUCCCUCCCCUCCCUCUCGAGAGCCCACCACAGAUGAGUCCGCCUCUGGUUCACCCGAACCACAAUCACCUAUCUUAUCAGAGGGAACCACCGACAAGAUGUUGGAAUCCUUCCGUUCUGUUCAAGAAAGUGUGGUAAGGGAUCUAGCCGACGGCAAGUCGCCCGAGAUGGACUUUGGUGUUGAGAAUUGGGCACCCAAUCAGGAAGUACGAGACGCCUUCAAACUACAAAUUGAAAUAGUCAAGGCCGUGUACGCCCGCAUCCAAAAGCCAGAAAAGGAUAGAAAUCACAAAAAGCUCAAAGACGAGAUAGAGCCACAGUUCGAGCUUCAGGAUACCGUCAACGGCAUCAGAAUUCGGAAGGCGAAGCCGAAGACCUUUGGCCAACUAAGAGAAGAUCAUCAAAACGUCGCAAGGAUCCAGGGCCAGCGGUUCGUUGCGGAAGGGCAGGCGAGAAGGGACAAGAGGAAGCGGGAGGGGGCAGAGAGGUUGGAGGCGGCUAGGGAUGCGAGUAAAAGGGCGAGGACGUGGCAGAAUGGGUUCUUGCCCAACACACAACCGCAAAGUCAGCCUACGUCUUUUCAACAGAGUCAACCCAUGCCUAUCCAACAAAGCCAACCCAUGUAUUAUCACCAAAGUCAACCCAUGCCUAUCCAACAAAGUCAGCCCAUGUAUUAUCGCCAAAGUCAACUCACGUCUUUUCAGCACAGCCAGCCCACGACUUUUCAGCACAGCCAACCGACGCAUUUUCAGCAGAGCCAACAGAUGCAUCUUCAGCAAAGUCGACCGCUGCCUAUCCAGCAACGCCAGCGUGCGCUUUUUCAGCAAGGCCAACCCAUGUACGCCCCCUCUUUUGAAGUUGGAAACGCCCAGAACAUACCUGACGGAGUCUUUGAUAAUGGAGUCUUUAAUGAUGGAUUUUUUGACGAUACACUCUUUGAUGGCACGGAUGGUUUAAACUAG